AGUCGCGCGCCGGCCGCCGGGCUGAGAGGUCGUGCGGGGUGCCGUCGGUUACUGCAGAGGCGAGGCACGCUGCGUGGUCUGCCGGCUGAUCGAGUGCCGCCGACAUCACCUGGCCACGACGGACGGGACCAGUAAAACAGGAAACUAUCGUACAAAAGCUGAAGAAGAUCCUGACAAGCAGAGACAGCAUCAGAAAUAAUCGAAUAUCUUCGGGAAUAUCCAUUGCACCUGCUGAAUGAAAGAGGCGGAAUUGCUGCGGUCGAGGCAGCUACAAAUCAACUGACGUUGACAAUGCGAUACAGGAGUGAUGCAGUGAUGAAAAUGUGCGCGAAUGUCUUCUAACUGUGAUACUGAAACGUAGAACUGACGAAGACGACUACCCGGGACUUCACAUAUAUGAACGCGGCCUAGUAUAGCCCGAAGAUGAGGGACGACGAAAUGGAGGUCGCUGUGAAGGUGGUGAUUGUCGGUAACGGCGCCGUCGGCAAGUCGAGCAUGAUCCAGCGCUACUGCCGCGGCACCUUCACCAGGGAGUACAAAAAGACCAUCGGCGUCGACUUUUUGGAGCGCAUGCUUGAGGUGUACGACGACCCGGUGCGGCUGAUGCUCUGGGACACCGCCGGCCAGGAGGAGUUUGACGCCAUCACUAAGGCCUACUACCGCGGCGCGCAGGCCUGCGUGCUCACCUUCUCAACGGUGGACCGCGCCUCCUUCCAGGCGGUCCGGCACUGGAAGAAAAAGGUGGAGGAUGAGUGCGGUACGAUUCCGAUGGUGCUCGUGCAGAACAAGAUUGACCUGAUCGACAGGGCCGCCAUCGACGCGGAGGAGGCGGAGGCGCUGGCGCGCGAGCUGAAGGUGCGCCUCUACCGCUGCUCCGUCAAAGAGGACCUCAACGUUAGCCAGGUGUUCACGUACCUGGCCGAGCGCUACCUGGCAGAGCUGCGGAGCUGGGAGGAGGAGGAGUUCGAGCCGCCGCGGCCCGUCAUCACCACCAGCCUCUUCUCCGCGUCCGGCUACAAGUUUCCCGGGAAGCGGAGUCCCUACGACUCUGGCAUCAUCUCGCUGCACCCGAGCGGCCGUCGGCGCCACCGCCGGAGACGAGUCAUCUGGAAAAACAUCUGCAUCACCUGAGUCGGCAUCACCUGAGUCUGCAAUCUGCAUCAACAGAGCCUGCAUCACCGGAGAGCCUGGUCUCCGCGGAAGAGGAGCCUCUGACCCCGUCUGCGAUCAACUGAACGCCCUGAACCAGUUCCGAAUGUACUGGUCCCUAGGCCCAGUGAUGUGUCCAGCAUCCACCAUCCCAGCAUCCACCAUCCCAGCAUCCACCAUAUCUGAGAACAUUGGUCUGCGAUGUGAUUGCUGUCGUGUGCAAGAACUUCGGUGCAGCUACGUGGCUCAGUGUAGCGCCGAGAGUCGGCAAAGGCAACGGUGGAGAACGGGAGCCUUUUGUGAUAUAGGCCUGAAUGGCGGCAAAGAAAGACUUUGUGCCAUUGUCGUUCGCUGAGUUUUGUUACGGAUGCCGAACUGAACUAUUCCGCGAGCUACUCUGCACUAGUUUGCAGUUCUGCUGAGCUGCACAUUUCCCCCGCAUCCAAAGUUCAGGUACCAUGGUUUGUAACUCGUUCACCUACA